CUCCAACCAAUUACAGCUUACAUAUCACAUUCACAAAUGACUAUCACAAAAUGGACAAUGAACUUCGAAUUUAUUUCCAUGGACAUAAAUGUAUUACACUUCUGUCAUCCACUUUUAUCUACUACACACACAAGAGAUUGUGCGACCAUCAAUGAUGAUCAGAAAUCCCGUUCUUCGGCUCCAAGCGCCACCACUUUCCGCCAGUUCCCGGCGGUAUACGCCGCAAUGUGGCCUGACCCAACAAGGUCACCGGUUUCUGUCCGCCGUCGCCGUCACGUCCAAGGAGCCUUCAGCGACCUCUGGCUUGCUUCGCAGAUUCGUAGCCUCGUCGUCCCGCUACGUAACCCUAACCACCCUCCUCCAUAUAAUCUCUCCUUCCUGCUCCAUUCCUCAUCUCUCCUUUAUCGCAUUUCCUCUGUACUCGAUGAUCGAACAAAAGUCCUGGUUCCGGUGGAACACCAAGGUAGUGGCGGAUCUGAUUGCUUUCUUACACAAAGAAGGAAGGUUUGAUGAGGCUGAAAAACUGUUUGAUGGAAUAGUUUCGAAAUUAGGGUUUGAUGAUGCGGAAAAAUUGUCUGAUGGAUUGGCUUUGAAUUUAGGGUUCCAUAAAGAAAAGGAACUAUACACGUUUUACAUCAAUUUAAUCACUGCCUACGCUGUUCACAAGCACGAAAGGGGGUGUUUGGAUGCGUGCGAACAGUUAAAGCAGCUGAUUUUGUCUUCCUCAUCUGUUCACUUGAAGAAGAAAGGAUACUUGUCGAUGAUUUUAGGGUUGUGUGAAAUUGGAUUGCCGUAUAAAGCCGAGAUUUUGAUGGAUGAAAUGAGAGAAAAUGGGAUAACAGUAUCUUCUUACGAGAUGAAAUCUGUCGUGUACGGUUACGGGCAGAAUGGAUUUCUCGAGGAUAUGAAGAGGGUUGUUGGUCAGAUGGAAAACGAGGGAUUCGAGCUCGAUACGAUUUGUUUUAAUAUGGUGCUUUCAUCUUUCGGAGCAAACAACAAGCUUCACGAUAUGCUCGUGUGGUUGAAGAAAAUGAGGGAUCUAAAUGUACCUCUCUCGGUUAGAACGUAUAAUUCUGUCUUGAAUUCUUGCCCGAGAAUUAACUCGUUGGUGAUAGAUGCAAAGAAUUGGCCUCUAUCAAUUGAUGAGCUGUCGCGUAGUUUGGAAUCUGACGAGGAGGUGAAUUUGGUGAUGGAAUUGAUGAAAACGAGUGUUUUGGAUGAGGCCAUGGUGUGGAAUGAAAAUGAGUCGAGAGUGGAUUUGCACGGGAUGCAUCUGGCGAGUGCAUAUUUGAUUUUGCUACAGUGGUUUAACGAGUCGAGAGUAAGGUUCGAUUGUGGGAAUUAUGGGACCCCAAAGAAGAUUUCGAUUGUUUGUGGGCGAGGGAAGAAUAGUCCUAGACAAGGGGAUUCACCUGUGAAAAAAUUAGCUAAAGAAAUGGUUGUGAGGAUGAAAUGCCCUUUGAUAAUUGAUAAGAAGAAUAGUGGAUGUUUUAUUGGCAAAGGGAUAGUGUUUAGGAAGUGGCUACUGGAUACAGCAUGAGGAUGCUGACAAUUUUGCGUUGUGCAAAACUGAAGAAAUCAAAAUAGCCACUCUAUUAUAUUAUGCCUCUACAUCUUUUAAUAGUCGUCUUUUUCAAGGGUGAAAAUAAUGUCUGGAAAUAACCAUUUCAGUACAGGUUUUCAAUAUGAAAUGGUCGUCCCGCAACCAAAAAAUGAAAAAUGAAUAUAAGUUAAUUUUUUAUUUUUUCUUGUCUCA